AUGUGGCCGCCUUUUUGGGAACAGUUCAACCAAGUGAUCUACAACAACGGUGGCCUCACCGACGUCGACAAGUUCACCUAUCUACGCUCAGUCUUGACCGGCGACGCGGCAUUGGCGAUCGCGGGACUUCCAGCAACUGCGAGCUGCUACAGUGAUGCCCUGGACAUUCUAAAGCGGCGCUUUGCUAAGGACGACUUGAUCAUUCAGGAUCACAUGCAGCGCCUCAUCGACUUGCAACCCGUUCGAUCCCCCAAUGACCUUCGUGGCCUUCGAAGCCUCUACGACACUGUGCAGUCCCAGACACGUGCCCUCAAGACUCUCGGGAUAUCGGAAGAUAAUUAUUCUUCAAUGCUCUACCACAUUCUCCUGAAAUCGCUUCCUCACGAUAUUGUCCUCGAUUUCAGCAAGACCAUCACACGCCAGAGUUCCGAGGAAUGGGGAGGAGCUGGAAGCACUGGCGAACAAGCACAGCGCACCCAGCAGCAGAAGUCCAGCCAGUGGGCUUCCUGGAGUCUCUGGGGAAGUGGCGUUGGAGUCCUCACCUGGAUGAGCUGGUUCUGCCUGGUGACUGCCUAA